AUGGAAUGCUCUGUGCGUAUCUGUCGUCGUCACGUCGGUUGCAUUCUAAUCGGGAUCACAGACGAGCUUAUCUCGCACCCUGCCUUUGGCGAGCACCAGCUUCGUAUUACUGAGCCUGACCUGUGCGAUGCUUCUGUUAAGCAGUACUCUGGAUACCUCGACAUUGCGACUGACAAGCACUUGUUCUUCUGGUUCUUCGAGUCGCGUGGGAGCCCCAAAGACGAUCCGGUCUUGCUCUGGCUCAACGGCGGUCCUGGAUGCAGCUCUUCUACAGGUCUCUUGUUCGAGCUUGGACCCUGCCGUGUCGCUGAGGAGGGAUUGAACACCACCUGGAAUCCUCAUUCAUGGACCGAGCGGGCCAACGUCAUCUUCCUCGACCAGCCAGUUGACGUCGGCUUUUCCUUCGCGGAGGAGGGCACGUCCGUCAACACGUCGCCCGUGUCCGCUCAGGAUGUCUACGCAUUCCUCGAGCUCUUCAUGGACAGGUUCCCCGAAUACUCGAAGCAACCCUUCCACGUCGCUGCCGAGAGUUACGGUGGCCACUACGGACCCAACAUCGGCUCCGUCAUCCAUAAGGAGAACAAGGCUGUUGCCGCGUCGGGCACUUCUGACUUGAAGAUCAUCAACUUCCAGUCGCUGAUCCUCGCCAACGGUCUUACGAACCCCAAGAUCCAGAUGGGCGCGGUUGCUGACUAUGCCUGCGACGGUCCCUAUCCUGUCUACGACGACCCCGAGGGUGCUCAGUGCCAGGCGCUGCGCUCGAGGAUUCCGACCUGCCAGCGUCUGAUGCAGUCUUGCUACGACUUCGACUCCCGCUUCACUUGUGUUCCUGCUGGCUUGUACUGCAACGCGCAGCUGUUCGGUCCUCUCAUGCAGACUGGCCGUAACCCUUACGACGUCCGCCGCUCGUGCGACCGCUCCAAGGACGGCGACCUUUGCUACAAGGAGAUGCAGUACAUCGACAUCUGGAUGAACCAGCCCAAGGUCAAGGCCGCUCUCGGUGUCAACCCCGCACGCAACUUCCAGUCGUGCAACAUGGAGGUCAACCAGGCCUUCGCGAUGCAGGGCGACGGCGCGCACAACAGCGCCGCGCUCCUUCCCGACCUCGUCAACGAUGGCAUCCGCCUCCUCGUCUACGCCGGUAACGCUGACAUGAUGUGCAACUACAUGGGCAACGAACGUUGGGUUGAGGUCCUCGAGUCCGACUUCGAGGAUGAGUUCCAGAAGGCCAAGUCCAUCCCCUGGAUUGACUCGACGACGGGCCGCCUGGCUGGUGAGGUCCGUAGCGCUGGUGGAGGCGGCUUCACGGCUGGCAACGUAACGUUCGUGAACGUUCAUGAGGCGGGUCAUAUGGUUCCGUUCGACCAGCCUGAGGCGGCGCUUGACCUCAUAACGAGGUGGCUCAAGAACGCGCCGCUUUCGUGA